UUCUUUUUCUAAAAAGUUUCCUUUUUUUUGCAGAGAGAAAAGAAAUAAAAUAGUUGACAUUAAGAAAAAUAUGAGAGAUGCUAUGGUGGCAAUUAUGAUGGCCAUGGGUGACUUAGAACCUCCCGUGUUAGUUGACAAAGAAAGCAAUGCAGCACGACGAGAAUACAUCUUACAUGAAGCUAUUUAUUAUAAAGAAGAAGAAGACUUCGACGAGAGCUUUUUUGACACCAUCGAAGAGCUGUGGUCAGAUGCGGGCGUCCAAAAAUGUUUCGACCGAAGCAACGAAUACCAGCUUAUAGACUGCGCAAAAUAUUUCCUUGACCAAAUCAAAACCAUUCGGCUGAAAGAUUACAGUCCUACAGACCAGGACCUGUUACGCUGCCGAGUUCUGACUAGGGGCAUUUUUGAAACCAAAUUUUCCGUCGAAAAAGUCAAUUUUCACAUGUUUGAUGUCGGCGGUCAGCGCGAAGAGAGAAGAAAAUGGAUUCAAUGUUUUAACGGUGCGUUUUUAACAGUUUAGUCGUAAAAUUUUAUGACAGGAAACUCUAUUUAUUACCAUUUUCGACUGAAAAUCGC